AUGGCAACCCUGCAGUCACUUGCAUUCUCCUCUCCAGUCUCACACUGUCUGCAGCAACCACGCCUUCAUUCUGGCUUGUUAUCUUGGGCUGUCUAUAGAAGUGCAAAGUCCACGUUCAAUGGUCAGUCUUUGCACGUGUCUCGUCCCCAAUGGGCGCCAAUAAGACGGUGUACUCAAGCAUCUAGAUCUAUUACAAUGAUGGUCAAACCAAAAAUUCAGUUUAUCCAAGGAACUGAUGAACAGACAAUACCAGAUGUGAGGCUAACUAAAUCAAAAGAUGGUACAAAUGGCGUGGCUAUAUUCAAGUUUGAGCAACCUUCCGUUUUUGACUCCUCUGGUGAAUUUGGUGACAUCACUGGAUUUUACAUGAUUGAUGAAGAAGGUGUUCUUCAAUCAGUUGAUGUCAAUGCCAAAUUUGUCAAUGGAAAGCCUGCAGGAAUUGAAGCAAAGUAUACUAUGCGGACUCCGAGAGAUUGGGAUAGAUUCAUGAGAUUCAUGGAACGCUAUGCUAAUGAUAAUGGCUUGCAAUUCAUCAAAAAAUGA